AUGUCCAAAAGCAAGGGGAUAAUGUCCCAUAAGGAUGGAAAUGAGUCAGACGGUGAUGAAUCUCGAGGUCAGAUGGUUCAACAUGAAUCAGCAUCAGCAGAGGAAGUAAGGAUGUUGAGACAACAUAUGGCUGACAUGUACCAGGCUUGGAUGAAUGGGAAAGCUCCACCAUCUUCAAUCCCUGGAUUCCCGGAUGUGACUAUGUCAAUUCCCAUUGAAACCCCGACAAGUGAUCCACUUUUUCCUCCUGGAUUUGGUCCACAUGUUAACAUAUCAAACACUUCUGGAACUUCCACUGUGCGCCCUCCAAAUGCACCCUUCAGAAAUAACCCACUUUUCAUCCCCACUGUACAAAAUACUACAAUCCCUCAACCAACAUUGGUACAGAAUUCCAAUAAUGAGCCUCCAUCUAAAGGUCACCACGAUCAAUAUUAUUCUCCAGAAUUGACUUAUAAAGUCCCAGACUCGUAUAACCCCUUUCAGCAGUAUAGUUCCCCCGUCGAGAUCGAGAAAACUGCUAAGAAUGAGGGACAAGAAGAAAUGGCUAGAAAAAUGAAGAGUCUAGAGCAGAGUGUGAGGAAUAUGCAAGGAUUAGGAGGUCCAAAAAGCGUCUCAUUCAGAGAUUUGUGCAUGUUCCCCAAUGUUCAUUUGCCCCUUGGUUUUAAGACUCCGAAGUUUGAGAAGUACGAUGGUCACGGCGACCCCGUACAACACUUGAAGAAGUAUUGUAAUCAACUAAGAUGGGCAGGGAGUAAGGAAGAAUUACUCAUGGCAUAUUUUGGAGAAAGUCUAGUGGGAAUUGCCUCAGAAUGGUUCAUCGAUCAAGAUAUUUCUAAUUGGCCUACAUGGGAUGACAUGGCAGGAGAUUUUGUUCGAAAAUUUCAGUAUAACAUUGAUAUUGUGCCUGAUCGCACUUCUCUCGCCAGUAUAAGAAAAAAUCCUACCGAGAGGUUUAGAGAAUAUGCUAUCAAGUGGAGGGAACAAGCUGCCAGGGUCAAACCGCCGAUGAAGGAGUCGGAAAUGAUUGAUGUUUUCCUCCAGGCACAAGAACCUGAUUACUUCCACUACUUGCUUUCCACAGUGGGAAAGACAUUCGCAGAAGCAAUUAAAGUUGGGGAAAUGGUUGAAAAUGGCAUCAAGUCCGGCAAAAUUGUGAGUCAGGUAGCACUCAAGGCUACCACCCAAGCAAUUCAAAAUGGGUCUGGUGGUUUUGGAAAUCGAAAAAAGAAAGAGGAAGGAUCCAUGAUGGCAUCAGGGUCCAGUGCUGCUCAAAGGGGGACUAACCACCAAAUCUUAUGA